GGGGUUCAAAUUGCAGCCUGCCCUGAGAGCAUGGGAGGGGCAGGUCUGAGUCACAGUGCGCUUGCGCGGUGUCCUCGUGGUUCCGGGUCCUGCUCUGGUUCUCGGCGCUGUUCGCAGAGACUGAAGCUCGGAGUCCGAGCGACCCCCGGAAACCCACAGGAAACCUGUUUCCCUUACUUGAACCUGCUGUGAGAAUCUAGCCGCGGGUCACUGCAGUUUCUUUGAAACCUUUGUAGAGUCUGAGGCGUGGUCAAGGUCGAACGGCUGUGGCUGCGUUGGCGUCGGCAUACGCACACCGGCUACACCGGCUGAGCCCUGCGAGGCUUUGUGGAGCCGGGAUGACCCACUCUUUGGUUUGUCCAGAGACAGUGAGCAGGGUGAGUUCAGUGCUGAAUCGCAACACUCGGCAGUUUGGAAAGAAGCAUCUGUUCGAUCAGAAUGAGGAAACGUGCUGGAACUCGGACCAGGGCCCCUCCCAGUGGGUGAUACUAGAGUUUCCUCAGCGCGUCCGUGUCUCCCAGCUGCAGAUCCAGUUCCAGGGGGGUUUCUCCAGUCGCCGGGGUCACCUGGAAGGUUCCCAGGGGAAUGAGGCUCUUAGCAAGAUUGUGGACUUCUACCCUGAGGACAACAACUCACUUCAGAUAUCCUUCCUGGGCCUCUGGGGAGGGGCGGGGGUGGUGGUCUGUGCCUCUGAAAACCGUGGGCCCUGGUAUGUGACCUUGAGCAAGUGGGCUCUGGACCUCCAUUGUUCCAUCUGUAAAAUGAGCUGAUGGUAACCGGUUCUGUGUGAGAGCCUCAGAAGGGCUCACAGUGCGCCCGGUCACCCAGCACAUUGGUGGUGUCUAAGCUGGGGCUGCCAGAUGGGAAAUGAUGAACUACCUAUUUCCCUUGACUGCCUAUGCUCACACCUUCCCUGUGCCAGUUGCCGAGGUGGACCGGCUGAAGGUGACAUUUGAGGACGCCGCUGACUUUUUUGGCCGAAUUG